GGCUGAGGCGAGCCAUAUCUCAUUCUGUGGCCAGGCCCAUUUGAAACACACGUUUUUUCCUUCACGGGUGAGCCUGGCCGUGCUUGCCUAGUAAAAGUGCUAGGGUUCUUCUCACUAGUCGCAGCCUCCGCCGCGGCUCUCGCCUCUCGGAGCAAAAGCUGUGUGUCCGCUCCUCCUGGUGAUCCCGGAGCCAGUCCUCGCCGCACCGCGCUGUGUCCGCUCCUCCUGGUGUUCCUCUCCUCCUGGUGAUCCCGCACCGUGUUGUGUCCGCUCCAUCUUCCUCCGCCGCCACGCUCAUCACCGGGCUGGAUCCACAAAAGCUGGAUCCAUGGAGGGUUGGAUCUCUUUGUAGGGCUGGAUCCGUGGAGGGAGUGCACGUCGCUCGUCGCCUAGCUCGAGGUGCGAGGGCAUGUCUACCUACCCGAGGACCUACGAUCUCAUCCAUGCGGACUCGAUGUUCACCCUAUACAAGAACAGGUGCGAGAUGGACCGCAUCCUUCUGGAGAUGGACAGGAUCCUGAGGCCCAGGGGCACGGUGAUCAUCAGGGAAGACGUGGACUUGCUGGUGAAGGUCAAGAGCCUGGCGAACGGGAUCAGUAGAAGGACUGUCAAAUCUAUUAAUGAUAUGAAAGAACACUGCUUCUGGUCCCAAAUUAUGGAGAGAAAGGGUCCAACAGUCGAGACGGCUGAAUGGGGCCAGGAAUGAAUUGGUAAUGUACAGACACAUUUGAUAGGACACUAGGCCAUGUAAACAAGUCUCUGGUCUCUCCAUGUUGUUUAAUUCAGAUUAUUGCAAAUCAUAUUUAGAUGAUUGCAAUUAGUUCAUUUUAUGGGUCAAAAUCAUAUUUUUAGUUCAAAUGUGUUGUAAUUUGUUUAAUAGCGCUUAAAGUUUUGAAAUUUGGCGGCAGCUUCAUUUUACUCAUGAAAA